UAUUACAAGUGUCUCAAAUUCUCAAUCCUCAACAAAACCACCCUUUAUUAUAAAUAUAUAUAUCACACCCUUAAUUUCAUAAGUCUCAUAUAGUUUCAAUAUCACACACCUUUCCUUUAAUUUCUUUUCACACACCCUCCAAAUAUAUCCUCCAAAAAACUUUUGUUGUUUAUUUAAUUGUCACAUAGUUAUAAACUUAUUGAAUAUUUUGAUUAGUGAUGAAGAGAGAAAGAGAAAGUGAUGUUAAUACUAAUAGCACAACCAUGGCUAAAUACUUGAUGUUACUUUCUGGUGGAGAAUAUGAUCAAGUGAAUUACUCUUCAAAUUUCAACAACCGCGUCUUCGAGUGCAAGACAUGUAAAAGACAAUUCUCGUCAUUUCAAGCGUUAGGAGGACACCGAGCGAGUCACAAGAAACCGCGGUUGAUGGAGAUGAUGAGUGAUGGUGAUGAUCAUUCACUUGCAACAAAAACAAAGGCUAAAACACAUGAAUGUUCAAUUUGUGGAUUGGAAUUUGCAAUAGGACAAGCUUUGGGUGGUCACAUGAGAAGACAUAGAAAAACAGCAUCAAUAGUUUCAAAUAAUUCAAAUGGAAGCAUGCAGAAUUUUAUUACUACAACUACUACUACUAGUAGCAAUAGUGGUGGCAGUACUAUUGAUAAUAGUACUAAUACUAAUUCAGCAAAGAGGAACAAGGGGAACACCAAUAAUAGAUUUUUGUUUCUUGAUUUGAAUUUGACACCAUUAGAGAAUGAUUUGAAGUUUUUGAAGAUUGGACAAUCAACUCUUAAUUUGGUGGAUUGUUUCAAUUGAAUUAAUUAAUUACUAUUGGAAGGUCUAGUUAUAGUUUACCAUAUAUACAUAUAUAUAUAUAUAUAGGUGGAUGAGUAUUUUUCCUCCCAUUUUGUAUUUUAAUUUACUGUAUGUAAAUAAAAUGUUAAUUAUGUUCUUUGAUAUACAUAAUAAAUUCAUGUUAUUAUUCUUAAAUAAAUUGUCUGAAUAUUUAUAAAUCAAUUUUUCCUUAGUUCAAUAGGAAACACAUGUUCACUUAAAAAUUCAUGAAUGCCUUAUCUAUCCAAUUUGAAAUGAUCCAAUGUUGUAUAUA